AUGAAGAUAAAGAGGAUAAGGAUCACUGAAGAAGAUGGAGAAGAAGAAGAAGAUGAAGACAAAAGGGAUCACAGACACUCUCGGAAAAAACACCGGUCUUAUGAAGAAGAAGAUGAAGACAAAAGGGAUCACAAACACCCUAGGAAAAAACACUGGUCUUAUGAAGAAGAUGGAGAAGAAGAUGAUGAUGAUGAUGAUGAUGAAGAUGAAAGGGAUCACAAACGUUCUCGGAAAGAGCACCGUUCUUAUCAUUCAUCACGCGAGGUAGAAGUUUCUGAAGAAGAAUCGCAUCACAACCACUCAAGAAAGAAGCACAGAUCUCACCGUUCUUCAUGUCACAGUAGGGACAGGCUUGAGCACAAAGAACGACGUUCUUCUUCCAAGAACACAGAAUCUCGAUACCGGCGCAAGCGUGAGAGCUCGUCUGAUGACGAUGGCGUUCAUUAUAGUAGUUCUGAUAAGCAUAGGAAGAUCUCUCACUCAGAUGAAGAGCUUGAGGAAGGGGAGAUUAGUUCUAAAAUCUCAGACCGAUCAAGAGGAGGAAGUGUGGGUGGUGGUGUUAGUAGAGAAGCUUCUCUGGAUUUAUCGAGUUCAUAUCAAGGCGGGAGAGCUCCUUCUCAACCCUCUGAAGUUACCGAGGUUUCUGAUGAUCUCAGAGCCAAGAUCCGAGCAAUGUUGAUGGCAAACUUGUAA